AUGUGACGCGGUGCUGCCAACAAAAAUGAAUGUCAAAUAAGCAAAUAAGCUACAUAUUUGUUGACUAUAUUUCUAUAAUUUGUGGAUUAUAUAUUUUGCAUAUUUUUGUUUGGUUUGGUGAUGCUUUGAAGUGAAUUUAAAAAAACAUUGUGAACAUAACUCUUACAUAAUGCCUAUAAGAAGACAUUCAGAUCCUAUAAACGUCAAAAGAAUAUGGGACGCCAUAAGAUCUGCAAAUCAAGCUCGACAAGUUGCGGAUAUACCGAAAAUUUCCAAAUAUUUGCAAAACGUCGACGAUUGUACACCAGUACAAGCGGAACUGUACAUUAAGCAGACUCUCAAGGACAAGUUAAUCACAACAAUCCGCAAAAACACCGACUACUCCCAUCAGAGUUUCAAAAUUGUCCAACAGGAAUUGCCUGAACUUGACGGCAAGGACUGGUAUUGCUUCGAAUGCCACCUAGCGGGUGACGUAACGCCGUGUGCAAACUGUUUCCGAGUUUUCCAUUCCGAUUGUAUAACAGGUGCUAAAAGAAAAUUUGACGUGCAGAAAAAAACUAAUCAUUAUCCAGACGAACCAGUAUCCAAAGCAACAGAAGUUAUUGCUACACCUAAACCCUCAAUAUCUGACGAGGUCAUUGUUACUUCUAAAGUCGACAGCCCGAAACCCAAACCUGCCACAAACGAUCAGGUUACUAUAAUAUGCGACGAUUCCGACGAAGUAAUUUUGGAUUCUCAGUUGGAUUCUUCUAAGAAUACUUCAUCCAUAGAUGAAGAUUUGGAGGCGAAUGUGACUGCGACUUCCACAAAGGAAAGUGAGGAACCAAAGUGGGUGGAUAAGGCCAACUUGCCGUACGAUGAGACUUUGUGCUCGGUUUGUAAUAUCAACAGAAUCGACUAUGAUUGUGGGUUGGACAAGUCCGAGAUUAAUUACAUGUUAAGGUUUGUCCUACACAGGAUAAGAGCUUGGUUACCGAACACCAUAACGCAUACCAUGGCGCAAGAAGACAGACCGGAAUGGCUAACCGACAGCGAACUGACCUGGAGAGCAAAUCAGUUAUUCUUCGAACACAGAGACAUGUCCGUGAUCGAGGUUAACCUGAACACCGAAUCGUAUAAUAUGUUUUCCGAGUUUUUGGCAGACGUGUACACUGUACAUCACAACGUGGCCAUCUUCCAUGGAAUUGAAUCGCAGGAAUACGGGGCCGCCGAGUUGAUGGUACGAGACGCUAUCCAUGACAUAACCGAGAUGAAGAAUUGCGUCGAUUGCUACAAGCACAGUAAUGAGAAAAUUAACAGCAGGUGGUUCUGCUUUCCCUGCAGAGUUCCGCACCAGUUGGUGUGGGCCAAACAGAAGGGAUAUCCGUACUGGCCGGCAAAAGUAAUGAGGGAGACGGCCACACACUAUGACGUAAGAUUUUUUGGAGGGAAGUAUGAAAGAGCUUUAUUGGUAAAGUCUUUGGUUAAACCAAUAACAACAUCUAAAGAGAACUUACAGAUUAAAACUUCGGCGGCCUUUAAUAAAUCCUACGAAGAACUGAGAUUCCACCAAACGCUACUCAACGAUCCUAUAGAGCUGGAGAAGUUGAAGGCGUCUUCGAAACCGCGGCGCAGGACUCUGUCCAAACAGAAAAAUCCCUUGUUGAACACGUCCACAAAUAGUAACAACGUAUCGCCGUUGACAAGAAACAAACGGGGAAAAGUGUCAAACGCUUCCGCGUCAAGUGCGGAUAAUACGUUGGAGGAAGUCGAUAUAGCAGUUCGAACUUCUGGAAAGAGGAAGGGGGCCAGUUAUGGUGACGCAAACGAUUCAAGGGAAAAGAAGAAACGAUCAGUCGAAGAGGAACAGAAUUUCAGUCAAACUAUCUCCGGAAACGUUAUAGACAUAUCAGAUGGGGAGGAAGAGGAGGAAUGCACGGAGUUUUCCUUCAGGGAAAACAAUUCCUCUCAGGAUUCGUUUAAUUUAGACGAGACUUACGAGCAGGUGACGAGUUCCACUGAAAAUUUCAGUAAACAGAUAUCCCCGAGGCGAGAAUCUGGGAUGCAACCGUUGGAUCAGCCUUACAGCGAUUCUGUAGAGAAGAUGAGGAGGAAACUGGAGUGCCUGCCGAACAAAAAGGACAUCAUAAAAUGUGCCAUGGAUUGCAUGCAGGUCGAAAUAGACAGAAUGACAAACGACCAUAACGACCACCUCAAACGGCUCUUCGAAUCUCACAAUCAGCAGAUUUCCGAAACAAAAAAGAAGCAGUGGUGUUACAACUGCGAGCAAGACGCGAUCUAUCACUGCUGCUGGAAUACCGCGUACUGCUCGCAGACGUGCCAGCAGCAGCACUGGCAGGCAGAACACAAGAAGGUCUGUAGGCGUAAACGUUGACUUUUAAUAAAAUAUAAGUACAUAUUGUUACAAAUCCAG